GCCAUGAUGACGCCACGCGCCGCGGUGACGCGAGACGUAGGCGACUUUGUUUGGGAGCGCGGCUGGCGCGGCCGUUUUGAAGCUGCUCUGAGCCGCGCGCCUUCUGCCUGGGCCGCCUCAGCCGGUGUCCCAAAGUUUGUGCAAACCCCCGAGCGCGGGCGCCGCCGCGUCCGGACCGCAAAGUCUCGUCAGGCCGGUCGCCGCCGAGUCCCGAGUCCCGAGCCCCGGGCCCGCACCCCAGCCCGGCCGGGCGCCGCCUGCACUUGUGUCCUGCAGCCCCGAGGUCCCUGGCGGCCGCACUCGGGCCCUGGCGUGAGGAUCCGGGCUCCCAGAAAGGUGGGGCCGAGGCUCGGAGAUGCCGCCCGGUAAAGCCCUCCAGCCGGUGCUGAAGAUGAAGGUGGACGAGCUGUUCCUGCGCUGGCUCAGCGAGGCCGGCACGCAGGCCAUGCUGCGGGACUGUCUGCAGAGGAUCCGGGCGCCCGGGCGGGCUGACUGCGGCGACGGCGACGCCGGGCGGUCCCGGCCCACCCCCGCCGCCCCGGCCCCCGCGGCGCCGGUGCUGCCCGUGGGUUCCGCCUCCAGCCCCAGGCACGGGCCGCAUGUCCGCGGGACUCGCAGGUCGACCGGGCCGAGAGGAGUGCAGACGCGGAAGGAGGAGCCUCGGCCGCCAGCCUCCAGCCAAAGCAUUCCCGCCUUCUACUUCCCCCGAGGUCGGCCGCAGGACACGGCGAACACGGACGCCGUCAUCGCCAAGAUCGAGAGGACCUUCGCCCAGUUCCCGCACGAGAGGGCCACCAUGGAGGACAUGGGCAGAGUGGCCAAGGCCUGUGGCUGCCCGCUGUACUGGAAGGGGCCCCUCUUCUGCUGCGCCGGCGGGGAGCGCACGGGCUCCGUCUCCGUCCACAAGUUCGUCGCCAUGUGGAGAAAGAUCCUGCAGAACUGCCAUGACGACGCUGCCCGGUUCGUCCACCUGCUCAUGAGCCCGGGUUGCAACUACCUGGUUCAGGAGGACUUUGUCCCAUUCCUUCAGGACGUGGUGAACACCCACCCCGGCCUGGCCUUCCUGAAGGAGGCGUCGGAGUUCCACUCGCGCUACAUCACCACCGUCAUUCAGAGGAUCUUCUACGCUGUGAACAGGUCCUGGUCCGGGAGGAUCACCUGUGCUGAGCUGCGCAGGAGCACCUUCCUGCAGAAUGUGGCGCUGCUGGAGGAGGAGGCAGACAUCAACCAGCUGACGGAGUUCUUCUCCUACGAGCACUUCUACGUCAUCUACUGCAAGUUCUGGGAGCUGGACACCGACCACGACCUGCUCAUCGACCCGCAGGACCUGGCCCGGCACAACGACCACGCCAUCUCCACGCGCAUGGUCGAGAGGAUCUUCUCCGGAGCCGUGACGCGAGGCAGGAAAGUGCAGAAGGAGGGGAAGAUCAGCUACGCCGACUUUGUCUGGUUCCUCAUCUCCGAGGAGGACAAGAAGACCCCAACCAGCAUCGAGUACUGGUUCCGCUGCAUGGACCUGGACGGGGACGGGGCGCUGUCCAUGUUCGAGCUGCAGCACUUCUACGAGGAGCAGAGCCGCCGGCUGGAGGGCAUGGGCAUCGAGGCCCUGCCCUUCGAGGACUGCCUCUGCCAGAUGCUGGACCUGGUGCAGCCCGAGUGCCCAGGCAGGGUCACGCUGCGCGACCUCAAGAGGUGCAAGCUCGCCUACGUCUUCUUCGACACCUUCUUCAACAUCGAGAAGUACCUGGACCACGAGCAGAGAGAGCAGGUGUCCCUGCUCAGGGAGGCAGAGGCAGAAGGCCCCGAGCUGUCGGAUUGGGAGAGAUACGCGGCCGAGGAGUACGACAUCCUGGUGGCCGAGGAGGCUGCGGGGGACCCCUGGGAGGACGGGUAUGAGGCAGAGCUGAGCCCCGUGGAGCAGAAGCUGAGCGCCCUGCGGACGCCGCUGGCUCAGAGGCCCUUCUUCGAGACCCCAUCCGCCCUGGGCGCCACUGACCUGUACGAGGACGAGGAGGAGGAAGAAGAGGGCAGUGACGACGACAUACAGCCCUCGUGACGGGCUCCGAGGGCCGUGGGCGCGGCCGGCACGCAGCGGCUCCUGCGUGGAAGCAAACAGCACCAUGUGUGACGGUUUCAGAGGGUGAGCUCUUUACGGAACACAAGGUGCGCUCGUUUGGAGUGAUGAGUCUAUUUAUUUACUCGGGGCCGAGGCUGGUUGCAGCUGGGCCUGGAGGGGGGCUGCCCCCUGGCCGGGGAGGGCAGAGCAGAUGCCUGCCCCGGAGACGGAGGGGCCGCCCUCAGCCCCACGGGUCUGGCUUCCCCUGGAGCUGUUUGGAGACGGACCGGCCGGGUGACGCCCCAGGGAACCCAGGUCUGUGUCAGGAGGACCUACCCGCUCGUGGGUUCUGGCCCUGCGCAGUCCGCCGCGUCGCUGUCUGCGUCUGGUCCGCGGGGAGCGCCUCCCGGGCCUGGGCCCCGCAUCCGCCCCGCAUCCCGGGCGCUGGGCUGCCCCCUGCAGGGCUUCUGCGAUCCUUCCCUCCUCGAUGUACAAACUGUGUACAGUUAACGUGUAUUUGCUGUGGAGCGCGGUUUUAAAACAUUUUACGAGAUCACAUUUGUAUUUUCAAAUAAAUAAUUUAAGGGUUUUCAGCCUCAGGCUCUGCU